CACUUUUUUCCCCACUUUGUGAAUUGUGCUCUUAGCUCCACCUCUAUGGGAGUUUGUCACGAGUGGAAGAACCGAACCUCCUCCUAAUACCCCUUCAAUUAAGCUGGAGGGAGGACGCAGAAAGAAGAGAAGGGGACAGAUAGAUAGACGGAGGCGCGGUACCAGAGAAAUAACGAUCAGACUGAUACACUUCACUAAGGCAUGAGAUUUGCGUAAGGCAGCAUCUUCAGGAGGAUUCUGCUCAAGUGACACCUUUUGUUCUGAGAGAAGUUUAAUAAAGAAGUGCAUUGUGACAUAUCGAUUACUAUGGGCUCCAAAAAGCACCGUUCAAAGACUUCAGCGUCUUCGCGCAACCCGCGUUGCUCUCCAAUGGGACUUUCACUGUUGAUUCUUCUACCUUUGUCUGUUGCCUUCAACUUGGAUGUAGAGAACCCAGCGGUGUAUACCGGACCAAACGGUAGUUACUUCGGGUACUCGCUGGACUUUUACAUGAGUGACUCAAGUGUGAGUAUUAUAGUUGGAGCACCUAAAGCCAACACCAGCCAGCCCAACAUCAGAGAAGGAGGAUCGGUCUUCUACUGUCCAUGGAGCCUCAGCCAAUCACAAUGCAGCAGCAUAGAGUUUGAUAGACAGGGAAAUCUAAAUAUGACGCUGAAUGAUACAGUGCAUCAGGGAGAGUUCAAAUCCCAUCAGUGGUUUGGAGCAACAGUACGAGUGCAUGAAGAUAGUGUGCUGGCUUGUGCCCCGCUCUACUCAUGGAGAGCCAAGCAAGACAUACCUCUUGCUGACACUACUGGCUCAUGUUUUUUGUCCGUCAAAAACUUCACCGAUUUUGUGGAAUAUGCUCCGUGCCGCACUGAAUUCCAUGAAGAAAAAGGACAAGGCUACUGUCAAGGUGGAUUCAGUGCUGAUUUUACACAGAAAGGAAAGGUGGUGCUUGGAGGACCUGGCAGUUACUUCUGGCAAGGCCAAGUGAUCACUGCGGUUAAACAAGAAAUAGUCAAGGCCUAUUACCCAGGAUACUUCUUGACAUCAGUGAAGGGCCAGAUGCAGACCAAACAGAUAAAAGAGAUCGCAAUUGAUGACAACUACAUGGGUUACUCAGUGGCUGUCGGCGAGUUCAGUGGUGAUGAUGAUGAAGACUUUGUGACUGGAGUUCCCAGGGGAGUCGGACUGCAUGGACAGGUUUCCAUUCUCAAUGGUUCUCUGGAUACACUGAAAACCUUCACUGGUGAGCAGAUGGGUUCCUACUAUGGCUAUGUGGUGGCUGCUACUGACAUAAACAAUGAUGGGAUGACGGACCUGCUAGUUGGGGCUCCCAUGUUCAUGGUUCGUGACUCUGAUGGGAGGUUAGAGGAGUUGGGUCGAGUCUACGUGUACAUGCAGAACGGACCUCUGGAUCUUACACCUCAGAUACCUCACCUCACGGGCACACAGAUGUUUGCCCGGUUUGGCAGCUCCAUUACCCCUCUGGGAGACCUCAACCAAGAUGGUUACAACGACGUGGCCAUCAGUUGUCCGUUUGGUGGGGAAAACAAACAAGGACUGGUGCUCAUCUAUAAUGGACAUGCUGGAGGACUCAGGGAAAAGCCCUCUCAGGUGAUCGCUGGCCAGUGGGCCUCUACGUCAGCUCUACCUGCCAGCUUUGGUUACGCACUUCGUGGAGGCAAAGAUCUGGAUAACAAUGGCUACCCAGAUCUUAUUGUUGGUGCAUUUGGUGCAGACGCUGCAGUUCUUUACAGAUCUCGUCCUAUUGUGAACACUAGUGCCACCUUGACUGUCUAUCCAACUAUGAUUAAUCCUGAGGAGAAAGUUUGCACCAUAAGCCGUGGGAACGAAACCCUGCAUGUGUCCUGUGUCAACCUGAGCUUUUGCCUCUCAGCCAAUGGGAAGCACCUACCAAAUCAUCUCGUAAAUGUUUGGAAGAAGUCUUCACUGUUGCCAAAGCACAAAGAUGGGCAGUAUGGGGCCGUACGGAGAGCUCAGUUUUUAGAGACCCAGCUUCCCGCCCUGCAGAGGACUCUGACUGUGCCAAAGGGAACCUUUGAGAUCUACUACUCUGCAGAGGACUGGUCACUGUGCAAACCUGUUGGGAUUGGCAAAGUCUGCAGUGAGCCAGAUGAGAAGGACUUCAGGGAUAAGCUGUCACCUAUCUUCAUUGCACUCAACUUCAGCCUGAACCCUCAAGCCGCGGCAGACAGAUAUGGUUUGCGGCCCAUCCUCAACUACCAAACAGCAGAGCUCAUCGAACAGAAAGCCCAGAUUUUAUUGGACUGCGGUGAGGACAACAUCUGCGUCCCUGACCUGAAACUCUCUGUGCAUGGGGACAGGAAGGAGGUGUACAUGGGCGAUGACAACUCUCUGACACUGACUUUAAACGCAAAGAACGACGGAGGCGGAGCGUACGAAGCCGAAUUGUAUGUGGUCUUGCCACCAGAGGCCGACUACAGCGGAAUAGCCCGGAAUAACGAGAGCCUGGCCCAACUGACCUGCAGUUAUGAGACGGAAAAUCAGACCCGCUACCUCAGCUGUGACCUGGGAAACCCCAUGAAAUCAGGCACCAGCUUAUGGGCUGGACUGCGAUUCACAGUACCACGUCUCAAGGACACACACAAAUUUGUGCAGUUUGACCUUCAGAUACGUAGUAAGAAUGAGAAUAACUCCCAGAGUGAAGUGGUCCCUUACAAGUUGGAGGUGGUGGUCCGAUCAGAUGUUAUUCUGCAGGGUGUCUCCCGACCAGACAAGAUCUUCUUUCCUCCACCGAACUGGAAGUUGACCAAGAAUGUGAUGGUUGAACAGGAUGUCGGACCCUCCGUCCAGCACACUUACGAGUUGGUGAACAACGGGCCGAGCCGCAUCAGUCACACUCUACUGCAGCUCAAAUGCCCCAUGAGGCUUCAAAGCAACAGGUUCAUUUACCCGGUGGAGGUCACGACGGAGGGCCCUGUUAACUGCACCACCCACAACAUAGUCAACCCCUUGAACCUCAAGCUCCAGCAGUCUUCUACCGAGCAGCCUCCUGUACGAGAACACCACAUUGAGAAGAGGGAAACGCACAAGGGCGAGCUGUCUCAGCUGACCAAUCUGUCUUGCUCCAGUGUGGAUUGCUGGACUCUAAAGUGUAACGUUGGCCUGCUGGAGAGAGGGACUAGUGCCAUACUGCAUGUUCGCUCACGAAUCUGGGCAGAAACAUUCAUGGAGAAUCCUUAUAAAACCUUUAUUUUGGAGUGCCUUGCUAGUUACAAAGUGGAAAAGAUGCCAUAUGCCAUUUUGCCAAAAGUGACUCCUAGUGGUGCUAAAAAGAUGGUCACUCCUGUGGUCUGGAAUAAGCCAGACAGUACGUAUGCUGUUCCUCUGUGGAUCAUCAUUCUGGCUAUUCUGGCCGGUCUUCUACUGCUCGCACUGCUGAUCUACGUCCUCUACAAGCUCGGCUUCUUCAAGAGAACGCCGUACGGCACAGCCAUGGAAAAAGCCCAGCUCAAACCUCAGGCUGCAUCUGAGGCCUAAACAUUCAGAAAACACGUCCCGAAGAAUGUUCUUAACCAGAGGCCAUCCAAAGAGAGGUUACUUGCUGUUUAAAAAAACCCCAAAAACAAAGAAAGACUAAACUGCAGUAAAGGAAUACGGAGGAAAGAUCACUGGAUCUUCACUGUACUGCACUAGAUCACGAGACCCUGAGGACUUAAAGCCAAAUGAAUGUUUAUUUUAUGUUAUCGUUUUUCCUUGAUGUGGGUUUCGAUUUUUAACCACCACCUAUAGCCUACCACUCACAAACAGAUCUUAACCAAAGCUCAGGAUCACUUGUCUUGCCGGGCAACCUGCUAAAGGAAAAAAUGGCAGCAAAUCUACGGAUUUUGCCCAAGACCGACACAAUCUGCACUAAUAUUAAGAGUUUUAACAUUUUCACUGAGUUUUUUCUACUUAGUCCGCAGCUGCUCAUGUGUUUCAGAUGGAUAAACAGCAUCUGCAGUAUAGCAUUUUACAUUUUUAGCAUGUAGGUUUACACCAAAACAAAUCUUAUAUGCAGUAUUUCACAACCAACCAAAGAUAUUGAUACAGGUUUUGCUCAUUUAUUGUGCUUUGAGAGUGAGAAUGAGGUAGUUGGAUACCUCACCGUGGACCAUCAUCUCCACUUUCCUGCUGUCCUUUUCCUUUUUCUUUUUAUGAAGAUUUUUUUGUUUUGUGGUUUCUAGUAGAAUGGGUUUUCACUUCAGAUGAGAUGUUUUUGCUUUGUGUCUUUCGAGGAAACCAAGCCAGGUUGGUUUCGCUCUCAGGUGAUGCCGCGGAAAGGAUCGAGUGACUCAUUUCUGCGGAAAACAUUGUCAGGAUCCUUCGCGGAAGGCGAUCGUUCUUCCCUACUGAAUGUCAGCCAUUUCUGUCCUGUUAUCUUAGUAGUAACAAGUGACAACGUUGCCUUAAAAGUCAUCUGGGACUCAACUGGAUCCGCGCCGAGUCUAUGAAACCUCGCCGAUGCCUUGAAGCAGAGCUGUGCUUUGCCGUUACGCUUACAGACUAUUGGGUCAAAGAGCGGAAGGGUCAUCCCUCCGAAUUUCUGUGGGUGAACAGAGAACCACUGUGGGUUUGGAAGAAGAUUUCCGCAAAGUCUGUUUGUCAGUGUAAAAUGAACUGACUCGCAGACUGAAAGCAAACCUCUUCCAAGGCAGCAGGCCUCAUCCAGGGACUGAAUGUUUGAAAUACACCUGUAUACUUCUUGUUUUGUAUGUGUGUCUUUGUGAUCAUCUGCUUGUGUGCAUUUGGAUGUGAAGAUAUGAGUUUUUUUUGGUUUUAUGGAUUGCCACAGUCAGUGUAGAAAUGCCUCCGUACAUCAUGGUGCUGAAGUGGCCGAAUCAGACAGGAAGUAACUACAAUCACCCAUCGUGAAACUCCUGUUUAACCGAGCCACCUAGAAAGGGAAAGCAGCUGGAACUGUGGGAUGUGUAGGAAAUCUGUAUGGAAGUGCAAUAUUGUUUUUUUUUUUUUUUUUUUUUGUCAUGUGCAUAUUAAUACUUUAUUUUAGUGAAGUUCUCAGAAAUAAGGAUUGUUUGAAGACAACACCCAGUUUGAGGGUUGAAAUUAGCCCAGAUGUUUAAAUAAUUUAAAAAGCAGUGUAAUGCUGUAGUCUAAAAAAUACAGAAACAUGACUCAAUUGCCAAAAAGGUCCAAUAAUCUUUUGUCAAAUUGAAAUAUGUCAUUUAAGACAUGAUUUGUCUGUCUGUCAUGGUUUACUAAUUAAAUGUGGUUAUUUGAAUUGGUACAAAAUCAAAUAACUGACACAGACUCCACUUGAAUCCUUAGUAAUGUAUUGUACAAAUAAUUCAUUCCUCCAAAAGUUCGAUUUUAGUUUUGAGAUUUUUGUAUUUUAAGCGGGAGGAAACCCAUGGGUGUGUCUUCAUUAUUAUUAUUUUUAUUUUAACUGCCCCAAAUCCCCGUUUAUGAUUUUGUUUCAAGUUGUAAAUAUGUUUGGUGAGGAGAUUAUUUUAAUUUUCAGCUGAUACUGAUCUGACGUAUUUCAUCGCCCCAUAUUGGGGAGAAUCAGAGGGAUGUUCAAGUAAUUAUUUGUAUUUACAGUUUGCAUUUUAAAAUAAAUCUUUCAGUUUUUUUUUUUUU